AAAGGAUACAAAAAGAUAUCCAAAGCCUUAAAAAUGCCAGUCAGUACUGUUCAAUCACUUAUUAAGAAGUUGAAAAUUCGGGGAUCUCUUGAUACCAAGCCAAGGUCAGGUAGACCAAAAAAGAUUUCAGCCACAACUGCCAGAAGAAUUGUUCGGGAUACAAAGAAAAACCCACAGGUAACCUCGGGAGAAAUACAGGCUGCACUGGAAAAAGACGGUGUGGUUUUUUCAAGGAGCAUAAUACGACGAUACUUGAACAAAAAUGAGCUGCAUGGUCAAGUUGCCAGAAAGAAGCCAAUGCCACAAAAAAAGCCCGGUUACAAUAUGCCCGACAACACCUUGACAUGCCUCACAGCUUCUGGCACACUGUAAUUUGGAGUGACGAGACCAAAAUAGAGCUUUAUGGUCACAACCAUAAGCGCUAUGUUUGGAGAGGGGUCAACAAGUAUUGUGCUAGCUGAAUUAUUUUACUAAAAGUCUGUGUUCAGGAGAAGAAAAAAGUCAUACACAUCUGGGAUAGCAUAAGGGUGAGUAAAUGAUGUGAGAAUUAACAUUUUUGGGUGAACUAUCCCUUUAAAGAGAUCUUCUGUAAUGAGAUAAAUUUCAAUAGGUUUGUGUUAUUCUGCCGAUUUGGGUAUAUUGACAUUUUGUAAUUUAAAUUUAAAAAAUACUUCUGUAUGAGUAAACUGUAUGAGUUAACAUAGUAUUAUUUCCUGUACCACUGCCACACCUUUAAGUCUGAUCCAUGCAGCUUCUCCCAGUCUAUUUUUAUGUUUGAGAAAAGGUAAAAGGUCUUAAUAAAGUGCCGUUAAAGCUAUCAGUUUAGAGGUUGUUGAAUCAAAGCUUUUUACACCAUUUAUGUUUUUCUUACUGACAUUAGCUGCUAUUGUUGGCCCGUGUGGGCAGAUCUUCUGUGGAAGUGAAGAUCUGCCCAAGUCACACUAACUGCUAUUGCGACAGAUUGUAAACACCAUUUAGCACAUGAAUUCUUUCAGAUAUUUAAACAAGCAGUGAUACUGUAAAUACAGGGUUUGUGGAAAACCUGGAAAUAUCAUGACAGUUAAUAAUUGUGUUUUUGAGGUCAUGGAAAGUCACAGAAGUUAUAUAAAUAAUCGUAUAAAUUAUGUAAUGUCAAUGUUGGCUAAAAAUGGAUCAAUACUGUGGUUAUUUUCUUAUUUUAGAUUAAAAAUUAAUCAUUUAAAGGGAUAGUUCACCCCCAAAUGCAAAUUCUGUUGUCAUAAUUAAACUUUUUGUUGUUCCAAUUUCAUAAUGCAUCCUUUUUCUUUCUUUUUGUCCAUACAAUGAAGUGUAUUAAAGAAAGAAAGUCAUACGGGUAGGGAGAAUCGUCCCUUUAAAUGUACAAAUUUUUAGGAUUGGUACCUGACAUACAAAUAGAAAAUUGCGACAGAAAUAUCAAGAAAAUGAUUAUAUUGUGUCAUGAAUGACAAUCAUGGAAAGUCAUGGAAGUUGUAAAUAUGAUGGUAAAUAUAACACUUUUGAAAUGGUGAAAAGCACUCAUUUUGAAAGUGAGAAGGUCACAGUCAGAGGUGGGAGGGGCCAGUUUUACUCAGCAUUCAAUUCUGUACACUCACUGUCAGCACGCAGUGACUGAGUAAGAGAGAGGAAGCAGAAAGGUUUUCUCUUUCUCUGCGUCUGAUAUUAUAGGACAGAAAAUUUCUCAGGGCUUUGAACUGGAAAAUAUAUCAUUGAAGAAGGAAAGAUUUUAAGGGAUAUAUUGGGGAGGCCAAUGUUAGCACCUGCCAGAAUUAGAUAGCAGAUUUUCACCCAGUUGAGGCUACAAUGUCUUCCCACGUCAAACUGUGGAGGGACAGAGUGGGAACGGCAGACUAUGACAUACAAAUCAAAGAGGUGCGGUUGCAGCUGGCUGAACAGUUGAGGAUAUUUGAUGGUCAGAUUGAGCAGAAGAGUCAGCUGUUGCAGGAUCUGAUUGAUUACUUGCACAGACGAGGCGAGAUCGAGGGGGAGUACGCUCGCUCGCUGGAUAAACUCUCUGAGAGAUUCUCCUCUAGAACCAGGAAGAAGGAGCCCAGUCAUCAGUCAGUGUUUAACUGCUGGCAGGUGUUAUUGACACAAACACGUCAGGAGAGCCGAGAUCACAGCAUGCUGAGUGACAGCUACAGCAACACUCUGCCUCAGCAGCUUUCACACUGCUUAGAGCAUGCUCAACGCCUGGCUAAACGGAGCAGAGACAUUUGCACCCAGUUACAGGAUGGACUUUUAAAGGUCACCGCAGAACUACAAACAGCCUUGAAGACGUAUUACCAGUACUAUGCUGAGUUCCUUUCUGCAGAAGGCAAACUAAAAGAGGCAGCCAAACUUGAGGAAAAACAGAAGCAAAGUACUUCCAAAAAGAUGGAAAGACUCAUAGAGAAAAGACGAUGCAAAGUUCAAGAAAUUCAGCUGAAGUGCACAAAAGCGCGCAAUGACUAUCUGCUCAACCUGGCUGCAGCGAAUUCAUGCAUGAACAAAUACUGUGUUCAUGAUCUCUCCACUCUCAUAGACUGCAGUGAUCUGGGUUACCACCAGUCCGUAUCAAAGGUUUUGCGUUUUUACCUGACCAGUCAUCAGCUGGCCCAGCAGAACUUGAGCUCUGGGCUGCAGCAGCUGGACAAGACUGUCUCAGAACUGAACCAGAACCAGGACAGAGACACUGUCAUGCAGGCCAACAUCUCUGCCUUUUGCCUGCCCCUCCGCUUUCAGUACCAACCCUAUGAAGGCGACCAGGUGUGUGAGGUGUCUGCCAAGUGUGAGAUGAGAAGUGAAUUGGUGACUCGAUUUCAGCAGCUCCAGUCCAGGCUGUCAUCAGUAACCAUAGAGGUUGAAGAGUCCGGCAAAAUACUUCAGUCAGCUCAGUUUUCCUUGCUGGAUGGAAUUGCUGAGGAUAUCUUUAGAUCCACCUCUGACUUCCCCAGUAGCCCAUCUCUGGAGGGAAGCAAUGAUAUAUCAAGCAGCAAGACCAACCAGCCUAAGCGCCGAGCCAGCCUUCCAGACACUGAGAGUUUGUACUUUACGAAAGUCAGGGACCAACUGUUUAACAGCUCUUUAAUAUCAAAACUGGAGGCCAAACAUGACCUGCUUAAAAUUGCUAUUCAGAAAGUGGAAAGCAUUGAUGAUUACUCCAGAACACGCUCCAAAAGAUCUGUGCAUCACAGAAAGAGUCAGCCCUGUGGCCAGAUCAGCCAGAGGCUCUUCAAUGGGGAUCUGCUAUCAUACAUUCAAGCAUCAGGACAGCUCAUUCCUACGGUGGUGGAGAGCUGCAUUCGCUUCAUCAACCUCAAUGGUUUACAUCAUGAGGGAUUGUUUAGAGUGCCGGGCUCUCAAAUGGUGGUGAAUCAGCUGAAGGAUGUGUUUGAGAAAGGAGAUGACCCCUUCACUGAUGGGGGGUUUGACAUGGACUCUGUAGCCGGAGUACUGAAGCUUUAUUUUAGAGGGCUAGAGAAACCCCUCUUUUCUGAGGACAGUUAUGACCAACUGAUGGAAUGUGGUCAAAUAGACGACAAGUCAAAAAAAUUGGCACAAUUGAAGUCCGUCAUCUCCUCAUACCCUGCUCCACUAAUCAUUGUCAUGAGAUACCUUUUUGCAUUUCUUCACCAUGUCUCCCAGUACAGUGAUGAAAACAUGAUGCAGCCCUAUAACCUGGCAGUGUGCUUUGGUCCCAGUUUGUUGAGGGGGCCAGACAGUGGAGAUGCAGCAGCACUUCAGCGGAACAAUGACUUGGUCAAGAGUAUCAUCAUUCAUCAUGAGAGCAUCUUCCCCAGCCACAAUGAAUUACCUGGACCAGUGUAUGAGAAGUGCAUGACACUGGAAGAAGAAGACUGUGAGGCUGGUGCAGAGGAAGGAGAGGUAGAAUCAGACCAAUCUCAAAUUAAUGAGGCAAAAGACGAGCUGCAGGGAGUGGCCUUGUUUGACUACACAGGCCGUUCCUCAGCUGAGCUGUCCUUUAAACAUAGGGACCGUCUCAUUCUACACAGCAAAGCUUCCUCUGAAUGGUGGAGAGGGGAGGUGAAUGGGACAAAGGGUCUCAUCCCAAAUAAAUAUAUUAGUAUGUCAAGUGUGGAUGGAUGGCAAAAUCAGAAAGGGAAGGAUGCUGUGAAAUUCAGCUGUGGUAAACACCAGACAGAGGAACAGCCGAGGGUAGAGCAAAGCACUCGGCUAAAGGUCACUAGUGACAAAGCUGGGGUUGUUGCCAGUCAGGUCACUUCUGGAAAGGUUUUGUUACAAAUACCCACAGGACAAUAUAUGCGGUCAGGAAAUUCUCCAGGGGCUCUACGGAAAACAGUAGACCCUCAAAAGGGACGAUCCACUAUAGAACGAGGGAGUGGAGAGGGUACUUCAACAGAAGUGGAUAAGGAAGUGUGUCAUAUGAUGCACUCAGUGUUUAAGGAGCUCCAUUCCAAACAAUCUUCCCAGGAUCAACACGUGUCUACAUCCUCAGACAUCACCUCGUCCUUCCCUGUGCAAACACCUCAAAACAAAGUAGGACUGGGAUGGAAAGGAAAAUGUUUAUUUAGAUCAGCUGACCAAACAGACUGAUGAAAAAAAAUGAGAACAAGGGGAAAUUUUGAGUGACUAAAUUUAAAAACACAAGAAAAUAGUAAAACAUUAGUGUCACAGAUGUCUGAGCUAUUGUAGUUUGUAUUGCAGAGGUGCUUUCAACCCAAAGAUGUGAAUUCUCUAUGCUGGCUGGGUAUGAGUGGAUACAGCUGACUUUUAGUGAUAAUAAUAACUUGCCAUCUCCUUUCUUAAAAUCUGUUUAACAUACGUUUUCUAUCAUUUAUUGUCAUUACUCAAUUCAGCCAUCAGAAUUCAGAGCUCUCCCCCUGAGAGCUCUGACACAAUUCUCCCAUCUCAUGUUCCAGUGUAUCCAGAAAAAACACAUUAUUCAUGACUGUGGUCAAAAACACGUAUGUAUACUUAAAGUGUAUUUCAUUUUCUUAGUCAUUGUUUAAGUAAUUUGUUUUAUUUCACUCACUGAAUGAUUUUAAAUUAUUGAGUGAUCAUUGAAAUGUAUUGUGUAUUGUGUAAUGACAUUGCCUUUUUGGGGGGGUAAAAUAACAUAUUAGUAAAUUAACAUGUAUAGAGUGACUGUUCAUUUUUUUACUUUUUCUGUCAUCAUAAGGUUAAAGCAGAUUGUAGUGCUGCCUUACAAACACUUGAGGGCAAUCAGACUCCUCAAAUGUCACCAUUCCUUUAAGACCACCUAAACAAAAAUGAGACAUUUCCAUUAGUAUGUUUUGGCAUUCUUAAAUAAGCUUCAUGAUAUAGCACAUUUAAGUUGCAAGACAUAAAAAUAAUAUACAUCCUGUUUUCACAAACUA